GGUGAAGAGACCGGCAAGGAGGGCGCGGGACGCCAGCAUCGACGGCUUUUGGUGGCUGGUGGGAUGGUGCGAUGAAGCCUCUGGGAUGAAGUGGUUACGGUAUGCGGUCUAUGGUGUGCUGUAUUUGCCGCUCGUACUCUGGUACGGGAAGAAGAAAUUGGCCAAAGCCCUUAGGAACUACCUUAACCAACGGUAUGAGUUACGCCGUAUCCUCGCCCGGCCAGUGAUUGCCGGCUUACAGUUGUUGCGGAGGGUGUUAGAAGAGGCCGCAAGGUGGGCGCAGGGGGCGCAGGAGCAAGAGCAGUUGUGGCAGCAUUGGGUUGAGGGCACGAGCAGCCCAAGAUGA